AUGCCUCUUGACAUCGAAGGCAAGACUGCCCUCGUCACGGGUGCUGGAUCAGGGAUAUGCCUGGCCUUUGCACAGCAAUUGCUGCAGAAACGCUGCAAUGUUGUGAUUGCCGAUUUGGUGUUGCAGCCGGACGCUGAAGAGACUAUUAACAAGCACUCAUCUGGAAAGCCAAGGGCGGUAUUCAUCAAAACAGACGUCACCGACUGGACGCAGCUCCAAACCGUCUUCGACAAGACGAUUGACGAGUUUGGAUCUCUCGACAUCGUCUGCCCCGGAGCCGGAAUCUUCGAACCGCCCUCCUCUACAUUCUGGAACUACCCUUCACCAGUCGACACAGCGGUAGCUUCAUCCUACAAGACUCUAGACAUCAACCUCCAAUCCCCAAUCCGCUGUACGCAACUCGCGAUCGAUGCCUUCGCCAGACAAGGCCACAAGCACGGCGUCGUCGUGCACAUAAGCUCCAGCGCAGCCCAAGUCGCCGCGUCACCGGUCCCCUUAUACGCCACGAUGGGCGUCAAGGUCGUGGCUGUUGCACCGGGGACGACGCAGACGCCUUUGUGGGAUGCUAGUGGGAGGCGGGGGUAUGUGGAUGAGGAGAAGGGGGAUGAGUAUAUGCAGCCUGGGGAGAUUGCGGGGUGGAUGAUUAGGAUGGUCACGGAGGAGGAAUAUGGAGGCGGGACUAUCUUGGAAAUUGCAAGGGAGAAGAGCAGAAGAGUCGAGUUGUUGAAUGAUCCUGGGCCUGAUAUGACGGCCAAAGGGCUGCGAAUGUCGAAUCUCGAUCUGGGGAUGAAGCAGAUGAUGGAGGGGAUUGAGAAGAGUUUUGGCAAGUAG